AUGAAGGUGUCUACGCUUUUAGCUGCUGGCGCUAUCGCCGCUGGUGUCGCUGCUGAGACUCAGGAGGUCGUCACUGUUACUUUCUACGGCUCGACUGAUACCCAUAGAUAUGGAAGAUUCGACAAGACUAAGGAGCCAACUACUUCCACUUCUUCCGGUACCCACAAAUACGGUAGAUUCGACAAGACCAAGGCCGCCACCACUUCUACUUCUUCUGGUACUCACAGAUAUGGUAGAUUCGACAAGACCAAGGAUGCCACCACUUCCACUUCUACUGGUACUCACAGAUAUGGUAGAUUCGACAAGACCAAGGAUGCCACCACUUCCACUUCUACUGGUACUCACAGAUAUGGUAGAUUCGACAAGACCAAGGAUGCCACCACUUCCACUUCUACUGGUACCCACAGAUAUGGUAGAUUCGACAAGACCAGGGACCCAACAACUACCACUGUUUUCGUUGCAGCCGAGGCCAGUGUUGCUCCAUCCUCGUCCACCUCAUCUACCAACGCUGGUGUCAACCAAAUUUCUGGUCUCUCGCUUGGAGUUGCUGGUGCCCUUGCCGCUGGUCUUCUUUUGAUUUAG